CCUGAGUGAUGAAACUUAUGCUCCCGAUGGCAUUGCGCUGAUCCAAGUAUCUGGUACAUCAUCCCACAACCGUAAGGCAAUGCAAGUUGAUGCGGUGGCGACAUCCUUAAAUUCCUAUGAUUGUUUUGUUUUGCAAUCUGGGAAUACAGUUUUCAUGUGGAAUGGAAGUUCAAGUACUCAUGAACAGCAACAGUGGGUUGAUCAGACAGCAGAAUUUUUGAAGCCAGGUGCUACACUAAAGCAUUGCAAAGAGGGAACAGAAAGCUCGGCUUUCUGGUUUGCUCUUGGUGGGAAGCAAAAUUUUUCCAGCAAAAAGAGCACUCAAGAUGUUGUUAGAGAUCCUCACUUGUAUACCUUUACAUUUAAGCAAGGUCGGACAUAUCUUUUUUCCAAUUUCCAAGUCAUUGUUACCUUCUAUGCUAUCCUUCCUCCAUUCAAAGUUCUAACAACUGUGUUCAUUUGUGAUCAACAAUGA